GCUCUGUUGUGACGUCGCUGCUAAACGGAAGCGCUGGAGUUUUCCAGAAAACGCUCCGAGAAAGAAGAAGAGGGAAGUUUUUACUUCAUAACGCGGAUUAAAUACGUUCUGGAGACACAGGGCGCAGUUUCAGUAGUUCUGGUGUUAGUGUAUAGAUAAAGCCUCUGACUGGACUUUAUUAUCUGAUUUAAAACUGACAUUAGGAGCAAAAUAAUGACCACCAUCGACUACAGCGUGUGGGAUCAUAUCGAGGUGUCUGACGAUGAAGAUGAUACUCACCCCAAUAUCGACACACCCAGCCUGUUCCGGUGGAGACACCAGGCUCGAGUGGAGCGAAUGGAGGCUUUCCAGAAGAAAGGGGCAGAGCUAGAGAAGAGCCUAUUAGAGGCCAAGAAGAAGCUGUCGGAGGCUCAGCGCAGGGUGCAGGAGCUGGAGCGGGCGAGUACGGACAAGGCCAAGAAGGAGCUAGAGGAGGCCAAGACCCAGGAGAAGCAGCUGCGCAAGGAGGAGAGGAGCUGUGAGAAGAAGUUGGAGGAGCACCGCAGAGAGGAGAAGAAGAUGCCCUGGAAUGUAGAUACUCUCAGCAAGGAAGGAUUUAGCAAAAGCGUGUUGAACGUAAAGCCGGAGGUGAAGGAGGAGACGGAGGACGAAAAGGAGCAGAAGCACAAGACCUUUGUGGAGAAGUAUGAGAAACAGAUAAAGCACUUUGGAAUGCUGCGGCGUUGGGAUGACAGUCAGAAGUACCUGUCUGAUAACCCUCACCUGGUGUGUGAGGAGACGGCAAACUACCUGGUUAUCAUGUGCAUUGACCUGGAGGUGGAGGAGAAACAUGCUCUCAUGGAGCAGGUGGCCCAUCAGACCAUCGUUAUGCAGUUCAUCCUGGAACUCGCUAAAAGCCUGAAGGUCGACCCCCGAGGCUGCUUCCGCCAGUUCUUCUCCAAGAUCAAGACGGCAGAUCAGCAGUAUCAGGAUGCCUUUAAUGAUGAGCUGGAGUCGUUUAAGGAGCGCGUCCGUGGCCGGGCGAAGAUCCGCAUCGAGAAAGCCAUGAAAGAGUAUGAGGAGGAGGAGAAGAAAAAACGCCUCGGACCUGGAGGUCUCGACCCUGUGGAGGUGUAUGACGCCCUGCCUCCGGAAAUGCAGAAGUGCUUUGAUGAGAAAGACAUCCAGAUGUUACAGGAUGCCAUCAGCAAAAUGGACCCAACGGAGGCGAAGUACCACAUGAAGCGCUGCAUCGAUUCGGGUCUGUGGGUGCCGAAUUCACGGACAGACGAUGACGGAGAGAAAGAGGAGGAGAAGGAGGAGGAGCCUCAGUAUGAGGAACUGAAGACAGGAGCUGCUCAGUGAGCCCCGCCCCCUUCAACACAUCUCUCCCCUACUACCAAUUACCCACAAUCCUCUGGUCUGCCCUAAAAGCUUUAGAAUUAAUAAAUGCAGAAGCUGUAUGGAGUCGUAUUUACUGGUGAGGACACAAUUACACUGUGUGUGUGUGUGUGUGUGUGUGUGUGUGUGUGUGUGUGAGUGAUACAGCUGAAGAUCCAUGCUAGAAACAAACCACAAACAUGAAGCCUAAAAAUGUUAACAUAAAAAAUGGUGGUGAUACAAAAAGCUUCCCAUGGUGUGUGUGUGUGUGUGUGUGUGUAGGGAUGUGUGGGUGUGUGUGUGUGUGUGUGUAGGGAUGUGUGGGUGUGUGUGUGUGUGUGUAUGUAUGUGUGUGUGUGUGUGUGUGUGUGUGUGUGUGUGUGUGUGAGUGUGUGUGAGUGUAUGUGUGUGUGUGAGUGUGUAUGUGUGUGAGUGUGUGUGUGUGUGUGUGUGUGUGUGUGUGUGUGUGUAGGUAUGUGUGGGUGUGUGUAUGUGUGUGUGUGUGUGUGUGUGUGUGUGUGUAGGUAUGUGUGGGUGUGUGUAUGUGUGUGUGAGUGUGUGUGUGAGUGUGUGUGUGUGUGUGAGUGUAUGUGUGAGUGUAUGUGUGAGUGUAUGUGUGAGUGUGUGUGUGUGAGUGUGUGUGUGAGUGUGUGUGUGAGUGUGUGUGUGUGUGAGUGUAUGUGUGAGUGUGAGUGUGUGUGUGAGUGUGUGUGUGAGUGUGUGUGAGUGAAUGUGUGUGAAUGUGUGUGAGUGUGUGUGUGUGUGAGUGUGUGUGUGUGUGAGUGAGUGUAUGUGUGUGUGUGUGUGAGUGUGUGUGUGUGUGAGUGUGUGUGUGAGUGUGUGUGUGAGUGUAUGUGUGAGUGUAUGUGUGUGUGUGUGUGAGUGUGUGUGUGAGUGUGUGUGUGAGUGUGUGUGUGAGUGUAUGUGUGAGUGUGUGUGAGUGAGUGUGUGUGAGUGUGUGUGUGAGUGUGUGUGUGAGUGUGUGUGUGUGUGUGUGAGUGUGUGUGUGAGUGUGUGUGAGUGAGUGUGUGUGAGUGUGUGUGUGAGUGUAUGUGUGAGUGUGUGUGAGUGAGUGUGUGUGUGUGUGUGUGAGUGUGUGUGUGAGUGUGUGUGUGAGUGUGUGUGAGUGAGUGUGUGUGUGAGUGUGUGUGUGAGUGUGUGUGUGAGUGUGUGUGUGAGUGUGUGUGUGAGUGUGUGUGAGUGAGUGUGUGUGAGUGUGUGUGUGAGUGUAUGUGUGAGUGUGUGUGAGUGAGUGUGUGUGUGUGUGUGUGAGUGUGUGUGUGAGUGUGUGUGUGAGUGUGUGUGUGAGUGUGUGUGUGUGAGUGUGUGUGUGAGUGUGUGUGUGAGUGUGUGUGUGAGUGUGUGUGAGUGAGUGUGUGUGAGUGUGUGUGUGAGUGUAUGUGUGAGUGUGUGUGAGUGAGUGUGUGUGUGUGUGUGUGAGUGUGUGUGUGAGUGUGUGUGUGAGUGUGUGUGAGUGUAUGUGUGAGUGUGUGUGAGUGUGUGUGAGUGUGUGUGAGUGAGUGUGUGUGAGUGUGUGUGAGUGUGUGUGAGUGUGUGUGAGUGAGUGUGUGUGAAUGUGUGUGAGUGUGUGUGUUAUUUUUUUAUUUUCUCCCCCCUCAGGUGUUCUUGGCUAUUUCUCCUCACCACAUGGUUAAUGCUCUCGGAUGUCGUUGCUCGCGUGAUGUCAGUAAUGCAGGGCUGUGAUUGGCUGAUGAUUGGCUGAUGAACGCAUGAUUGGCUGGUGUUCGUUAAUGAACUCUGUAGCUCCUCCUAGUGGUUUAUCACUGAAGUGUGUUGAUGACUGGUAUUAUAAAAUUACCAUCAGCUUGUACAGUUUUAUUUUUCUCCUCCUGUAAGCCAGAGAUAAAACACGGAUGUCCCACUCGUUUAAUUAGCACACAGUCGUGCUCACGCUAGUGCUCCGUUUGUGUUUCAUCGAUCUUCAUGUUCAGGUUCAGACUCGUGUCCUCUUAUUUGUACUAGAGCAGUGAUGGCUAAAUAAAGGUAUGCUGUAAACGCA